ACUUUUACUAACAGCGCACCCCACAACACCACCGACCUCGAAUUCCUCUUCCGCCCCGUCCUCUCGCCCGAUGCGCAGAUCAUCUACCCGACCUGGCCGACCUGGACGGACCGGAUCCAGCAGCGCUGGUCCGCGUACCAGGCCCCGUCGUAUAGGGCAGCCAUCCGGGUGGCGACUGUGUCGGAUGUGCAGAAUAUUAUCAAGACCGCCAACGCCCACGACAUCCCCUACCUCGCCACCGGCGCAGGCCACGGCGUCUCCGCCACCUUGGCCAACAUGCAGGGGGGCAUCAACAUCGACCUCAGCGAGUUCCGAUACGCACGCCUCCAUCCCGCCGGCGACCGCCUCACCGUCGGCGGGGGCACCAAGUUCCAGGAGAUGUGGGAUGUGCUGUAUGCUGCUGGGAAGGAGAUUCAAACAGGCGCCGCCCAAUGCGUCGGCACGAUCGGCGCCACCCUCGGCGCAGGGAUCGGCCCCCUCCAAGGCCGGCGGGGCCUAAUGAUCGACGCGCUCACCUCGGUGACGCUCGUCACCGCCGCGGGGGAGGUGGUGACGGCCUCGUCGACCGAGAACGCAGACCUCUUCUGGGGCAUGCGCGGUGCCGGCUGGAAUUUCGGGGUCGUGGUCGAGGCCACCUACCAGGUGUAUGAGGCCACGAAUGCGGGCCAGGUGCUGGAGGGGGAUAUGUUGUUUGCGGCGAGUGCGAACGCGAGUGUGUGGGAGACGUUAAGGGAGUUUGAUGGGGAGGGGCUGCCGGAUGUGUUGGCAGUAACUGUGGUUUUGGGGUGGAAUAAGGGGUUGGAUAUGGCGACUAUCUUGAUCAACUUCAUCUACUACGGCCCGCCCGAGGCCGCCGAGCCCUACAUCCAGCGCUUCCGCGCGCUGGGCCCGCUCCGCGAACGCUUCACCCCGGUGCUGGCCUGGAACAAACUCUACUCCAAGCUGUUCUUCAGCGAGGACCCGUCCCCCUGCGAGCACGACCUCCGGCUGAUCUACGGCGGUGCCGGGCUCAAGCGCACCGAUGUCGCCACGUUUAUGAAGUACACGGAUGCCUUUGCCGGCUUUGCGAGGGAGUAUCACGGGCGGAUCGCGGCGUCGGUCGUCUUCUCGCGGUUUCCGACGCAGGCGGUUAAGAGCGGGGACAAGGGGGGGGAGGACAUGGUGUAUGCGUUUCGGGACAUCGAGACGCAUGUGCUCUUCAAGGCGACGUUUGUAGAUGAGGAUGACCAGGCGGAGGAGCGGGUUAAUGCGUGGGUUGUGGAGAGUCGGGAGUGGUUUGCGCGGACUAGUGGGUUUGUUGACUCGGAAGGGCAGGGGCAGCUGGUGCUCUACAAUAACUAUGCGCAUGGGGACGAGGGGCCCGAGGUGUGGUAUGGGAAGAGGAGCUUGGUCAGGUUGGCGGCGUUGAAGAGGAAGUGGGAUCCGUUCGAACGGUUCAGUUUCUACCAUCCGGUUCCGGUG